GGCAGAAUAAUAAGUAAACACAGUAUGACAUGACGAAGUGAAGACAUGCCGCUUCUUACUGCACUGAGAACGAUAUCAAAGAACAGUCGUCUGUUGCGAUACGGCGAUUCUUUCAGUUCUUCGCAAAGGUAUCUGAUAAGGGCAAGAAGGAGAAGUGAUUUUAAAAAAACUAAAAGGCCAUUCCAUCAAAGUUUUGGGGCUUCAGAGAAGAUUUGUGACCGCAACUUGAAAGUAAACAUCGAUAAAAACCACAUUUAUGGAAGAGUCGCAAUUGUACAUGUAAACAAAACGAGAAAUAUGGCUAGUGAACAAGGGGGAACGCGAAUAGAUGCGUCCGAAAAGGAAAGCGAUGAUUUAUCGUUGCCUUUUUGGAUAUUCUUAUGGUCUUUCCUUGCUGUUAUUGCUGGGUUUAUAUACUCAAAGUUAAACAAGCAAAGAGAGACAGAUUUGGAACUGAAAUCAGGUGAUAAUCAUAGUAGAAACGAUGAAGACAUUGCAAGGAAAUUGGUUAACGAGAUUGCGAAAAAGGAUUCGGGGAGGAAGCCUACAUUUCGGCGUCAGAGAAGUUAUGAAAUUAUCGAUGGAGAGGUCCGUAUUCACUACGAUGUCUCGAUGAUUGACGAUUCACUAUAUAAAAGCGCAAACAUCGAAGGGUUUUUAAAAACGGCUGAAGUGGAAAGCAUACCGAUUCAAAGCGCAAGUUUAGAUGAUUUAGAAUUUAUAUAUCCAGGGAAAUUACCACGAAUAGUUGAAGAAGGGGAUGAGGAGCUAUUAGAAGAUCAAAGCGAAGAGCAAGCGUCAUUAGCCAGCGUUUAUAUAAACGAAGGAAGCCCAGACAGCAAAGGUAAGGAACAAAUUAAUACUGAAAAAGUAGACAACAUUUUAAACUAUAACAAAAUACAAAUUUUGAAGCAAAUGGAUUACAUUUUGAAGGGAAACAGGGUGAAUUUCCCACAAAUUUUGAAACAAUAAUACAGGAAACUAUAAUCCCCACUGAGUCAAUCAAUGAUGCGAAUAAAAUUACAAGCGUUUCGCAAAAAGACAAUUGCGUUGAAUUGAGUCAUCAAGCCGAAACGGAUUUGAAAGAAAUAAAAAAUGAAACUUUAAAUGAAAGUUCAGACUAUGAUAAAUCGAGCUCAACUUCUGGGGACAGUGUCAUUGAAAAUGUGGCUGCAAAUACAAAGUCUAUUAACACGAGUAGAAAUUCCUCACAUAACUCAAAUAUUACAAGUACUUCUGUUUACAAAUUAAGCCAAGUUGAAAAGACCCAGGAGCAUACAUUUACUGUAACUAGACGAGAAAUUACUAAAUUGAAAAGCAAUGAAGAAAAGAGUCCCAGAUUUGACUCGUUUAAGGAUGAAACAAGCUUUCCUUUAGUCAAGACAAAUGCAGGAAGAGAAACAGCUGAAAUUAUUGAUAACAGUUCACAGCUUAGCAGGGAUUUGGAAUGUGAUAGCUUCAUGUCAAAACAGGGCAUUAAAAUCAGACAAUCUGGUUUACGUUCAGAAGAUAAUGUUGAAUUAUCGGAUUCAUUGCUUCUUGAAAAGGGGGCAAGAAAUGAAAAACUGGAUUGUGGAACAAAUGUGGAAGUUAAACAUUUUGGCCAACAAGAAGAAACCUUAUCCAAAGAGGAUCAAAUAUGCUUAAAUGAAGUACACUGCAAUGAUUAUGACAUUAACAAGUUGGUUCAACAAAAAUUAGACAGUAGCAAUUUUCACAAAACAUCCCCAAAACAUGAACAAAUUGUGAAGGAAUUAUCUUCGGGGGAUGUUUACGAAUGCCCAGACACCUCGUUAGAUGCAAACGAGGCUGUUAACGAAUGCCCGGAAAGCUCAUUGCAGGAACCUCAUGUUUUGACACGCCUUGAUGAAGGCAGUGAUAUCCUGGUCGAUAAUUCUGGUGAUAUUUUGUUUAAAGUGAUCGGCCCAAGCAUUGAUGAAGUGUACUUUGAAGACAUUGUUGAAAGUGAUGAACAACUUUGUGAGAAAAUCAAUGUCGGAACCCUAGAUGAAAAUGAAAAUUAUGACAAGUUUGGUUGUAAAGAUGAGCUUGCAAAAAACUGGAAGUCUUUGCCGUCAUGGGAAGGCAUUCAUGACAUGAAACAUUGUGAGUUAAACAGCGAUAGUUCCGAUGUUGAUUACAUCGAUGUUGAGAAGAAUGGGGUAGACGAUACCAAGAUAGAGGAAGAAAAUUCACGAGUUUUCCAUGUUGGAUCGAUGGAAGUCAAAAACAAUGAACUGGAACAGAAAAUCUCUGGCAUUACCAGCGAACAAUUUCCAAUGCAAAAUGCAGAAGAAUUAUUGUUUAACAAGGACAUCAAAGAAGCUCAUUUACUAACCUUUGAAAACACAAUUGGAUCGAGAAAAACUAUAUUUGUGAAAGAUGCUGCAGAGCCUGUUUCUACUGAUGAAAGUCAGGAAAGUUUUAUUGUGGAGAUUGGUUCUGAUGUUUCCAUGGGAGGUGUUGAGGACAUUACCCUGUUUGGAAAAGUGCAAAAUGAAAAUACCAAACCAGACACAUUGGGAUGUGAAAUCUCUGGUGAGGACCAAUAAGAGGACUGUAUAUUGCACACAAUUGUAGUGUAAUGUACAGUAUGGCUGGGUUUCACUAAACAUUACAGGACAGUAGAUGGUGGCCAACUGCAGGAAUGAUGACAUUUAUACGAGCAAGGAUGCUACAUCUCUCAAUUCUAUGUCCUGACUGCUGAAUACAGUACCAUUGUAUAUAAUGAAAAUAGAUGUCAUUAUUUUCUCUGAUAAAUGCAGGUUGAGCACCAUCUGCUGCACGACAGUGAAACCUACCUGUACUACACAUUUAUGCACUUAGAAUAACUUAACAGACAAGCAAUGGUGAUUCUAAAUUGAUUGCACAUCAAAAUUAUUAUCAAGCACUCAGUGGCGAAUCCAGCCCGACAAUUUGGUCAUGCUAUGCAUUAUUUCUGUGUUCAUGGACCGUAAAAACAAUCAUUUUCUAAAGAAAUGAAUAAUGAUAAUGAUGUAAGAUUUGCAUAGCAUGACCAAAUUUGCAGGCUGACCUCACCACUGCAAGCACUGCUUGGACUAAAUACCACUUACAGUAAAACAGGGAUGCAUCCAGCUGGUAGGGAAGAUGAUCUUCGAGGUUUCGUCAUGAUCCAGGGUGUGCUGUUGACCAAGUUCGUAAUCACUACAGGAGUCUUGCUUCACAAUUUCACAAUCAUGUUACUAUCCCAUUUUAUUUUCCUUUUGGCAAUUGUCUUUCCAAAUAAAAAGAAAGAUUUGAUAAGGAAAUUGGCAUCCACCUUGGACCUCCCCCCCCCCCUGGCAAGGCUAGAAGGGGUGUGCACCCCCUACACACCCCAUCCUGUACCCACACACACCCUAGUAUAUCCAUCUCUGCAGUUAAGAAGAAACUUCCUAAGGGCUAGCAAUGUUGAAUUAUAAGCACUAUGUAAUUUUGUACUUAAUUUAAAUUAAGGGAUCACUGCACUGUCAAAGUGGGGCAUUAAUGUAUCUUUUUAUUGCACUCUCAAUCUCAUUGUUACUAAUAUUUUCUGAAAUGCAACCAUCCAAAUUGUAUACCAUCAUGAUCUCAAAGCAACUUACUAAACACUGUUAUUUUAGAGUAAAUGACAAGCUACUGCAUACAACAUGUUAAUCAGUGAUUUAACAAUAAACUAAACUAGUCAAAUCCUUUUUGAAAUCUUUGCUGAAAAUAUGGUGAUUAAGUAAAUUGCUAACAGAAGAAGUAAAGUCAAACAAUCAAAAUAAUUAAUUUUUGAGUUAAUUACUUUUUAAUAGAAAAUUAAUGGGUGAUUAAAAAGUGAUUUAAACUUUAAUGAACCACAUGUGCAACAGAUGGUUGUCAGCUGGCAGUUAUCAAAGAGAGAAAAAAUAUGAUUUGUAGCAAGUAAAAAAAUUGAGAGAUUUACAUAAUUUGUCUUGCUCUUAUCAGUGAAGUUGAACACCAUCUGCUGCCCUUGCUAAAACCUACCAAUACUAAAGGUAACUUCAAUGCGUUUAUGUAGAUGAGAUCUUAGUUGCUGAAGCUGUUGAAACACAAGAAGUCGAAGCUGAAUGUCCUACACCUGGUGAUGACAGUGUAUCAGAUGAUCCUGUGUUGUUUGCAAAAGCUAGUGUAGUUGAGGAAGACGUAUUGGUGGCCAAAAUCAUUACAGUACAAGACCCUGAACCUCCUAUAACGAACCUUGAUCUGUCCAGUUCAGGUAAAACCACAGAACAAACUGUUUUGACGAUUUCAGAAACAAUCACCAGUAAAACAAACUGUGCAGCAAAUUUAACAGAAGCAGAAAUUAAUUCCGUAACAUUUAAAAAUCUUCACUCACCUCCUGAACAAAACUGUACAACUUAUACAAACACUAAUGUCCAAAAUAUGGAAAACGGUCUAGUAUAUUCAGGCGUUGCAAAUAGUGGUUUCAAAACCCAAACCAGUUCAGUAAACACUGUCCAGACAGUGACAGAUAUAACCCAUACAAAGGUUCAUUCGAUAGUAAAGAAAUUUGAACAAGCUAGAAGACCAAACACUUUGAAACAAACGGAGAAUGGCAAUGCGUAUUUGAACAGUGAUAUUCAUGAAACACCUGUGAUUCCAAAGAACUAUAAACAAUCGUCUGAUGAUGUAGUUAAGGCAGAAAGUCAAUCGGUAGAGAGUUCCACUUCCAUUAAUUAUAAUGAAGACGGUGCUUUGCCAAAGGACCCCGAAUUCGUUGACAAUGGUCAGAUCUCUGAGCAGGCUAUUGUUUCAACUAUUACUGUUGAAAAUGAAGAAGCUAUACCAUCUGAUCUUAAAACUGAUGUACACUGUAUAGUUGAUGAUCCUGAGAUAUCUGAACAAGCUCCCGUUCCAGCUUUCAUUGUUGAAACGGAACAACCUAACCUAUCUGAUGAACCUUACAUAAAUUCUGAUAGUGUAAAUUUUGUCGAAAAUGUUCCUACUAACACGAAUUCAAUGGAAUUUGCAAGCGAUGGUAAUGGUGAACUGAAACCAGCUUCAGAUAAGAGUAUCAGUUCAAACGAACUGCCAAAUAUGUUGGAGUUAGGAUCAGAUGCAGAGGUGAAGAAUCCAGGAGAUAUAGCUGAGGACCCGGAAGAGAUCGUGAUUUAUGCAAAUCAAGUCACUGAAGUAAAUGCGUCUGAUGGUGAAAACUAUGUAGUUUGUGAGACGGUUGAAGCAAUUCAUGCAAGACCUGUGGAUGAUUAUGGUACUACGGUAGUUUAUGCUAGUCAAGUAAGUGAUUCAACUGCAGUAACAUAUUGCGGAGAUGGUAACAAUUUAAAACAAGCGAAUGGUAGCAGUGGUUUAGACAAAAGCAGCAGAGACAAGGGAAGUACUACGGUAGUCUAUGCAAAUGAAUCACGUGACAUUGUGGGUACUACGGUGACUUAUACUAAUCAAGACAGUGAGCCCGAUCCUCAGCCAAUUAUAGAAACUACCAAACCAUCUCACACCAAGAUUGUACCUCCCAAUCACAUCACAGAAGACGACAAGACUUCUACUUUAGAAAACUCAGACAUUGAUCUUACUAACUCUGUACCUAUUUCGCAACAACCAAACAGCGAAAGCCAAAGCUUUAUGGAAACUAGUUUUGAUGCCACAUUGUUAAUAUCUAGUCCAGUGACAAACGAGAGUUCCUCUGAGCUGCAAGAAAACAUUCUUAACAAUGAUAAGAUGCCUUCGUCAUCUAGCCCUGAACCACUGACAAACGGGAACGCUCAAGAGAUAAAAGAAGACACACUUGGCUUUGACGAAAUAUUUACAAACGCUAGCACCGAUCCAGUAACAAACCAAAGUCCUCUUGAGGUGCAAGAAAACAUAGUGAGCUUGGAUAAAUCACCUUCCUCAUCUAGUCCUGUUCCCGAGCCAAAAGAGAGUCACCCUGAAUCAUGGCAAAAGUUGCCUCGUGGUGAAACUGAUGUGGACAGUUUUAGUGACAUUGAUGAAAUUGAUAUAGAUAUUCUUCCUGAUGAGAACUACCAAAAAUCAAAAUCUGUGACAGAUCUCGAUGAGGCAUUAGCGUCCUUUGGAGGCUUAGACUGUCUUUCAAAUGAUGAUCAAGACAACAUGACUGGUGGCCUUUCCAAAUCUGUGCCUGAUAUUUUAGACAGUUGUCGCGAGGAAUUCCUGAGAGAAACCGUAGAAAACCCCACCGAAACACUUCAAAAGAAGAAGCUGUCUUUAUCUACUCCUGAAAUCAAUUCUAAACCAGGUUCUAAAAAAGUUACAAGGAUUAAGAUCGUUCAUGUGAAAUUCCUAGAAAUGCAAUCCGAUUCUGAAAACGUGGAUGAAGAUUCCUUUAUCUACGAAGGAGACUUUCCAAUUUCUGGAAAAAUGAAGCGAAAGAGUAGGAAUUUAUCUGAUGAGUUCAGCAGUCCUGUAGCUAGCCCACCUCCUGAUCUUAACAAAGAAAUUGCUCAAGAACGUUGGAUUGCAGAAAAAACGAACUUGAAGCAAUUAGAAUUUGAAUUUGGGGAUUUAUUUGAAAAUUCGCUAUCACCACCGCCACCACCAUUUGAAGAAAAUGACAUGAAGGGCGAGUCAACGAAUGACGGACCGAAUCAAGGUUCACAAAGUAACACAAAUAUACACGUAGAUGCUACAAAGUUUCAAGAUGCUUCGAUGGUUUAUUCCGUGCCGGAUAACUUAUCCUAUGAAACAUCUGGCCCAAUUUCCCGCACAAGUAAUAGUUUGAAGUCAACCUCGGAAUCUCAGGAUCCUACAUUACCAAACUCUUCUACACAAAAGCCCUCAUUAACUGACGUAAAGAACCACAGUUUUAGUACUGUUCAUGCAAGUACAACUAGUAUGACUAAUAGUUCAAGGUUUGAAGUACAGAAUCAAAGAACUGUAUCAAGACAAAGUACGUCUUCCACAACAACAUAUUCUAAGACAUCUGCUACGGCUUAUUCAAGUACACGUAUUGGUAGUGUCUCGAAAUUAAAAUCGGACAUUGAAAAAUCUAAUGAAGAUGUUAUUUCUGUACUGCCCCUUGAAACACAAGUCACCUCUUCAAUUGAAAAACUCCAUCAAACGUCAAGUACAAUUCGUUCAAGAACAAUUAUGAGCAGUGGCACUAAAUCAAAGGUUGAAUAUAAAAAUAUUCAAAACAGUCCACCACUAACUUCCAGUACUUCUGAGGCUGUAUCUCGGGCAUCAGGGAAUCAGGAAAUUCCAUCCCCAACUCCUGGUACUUUUGAGGCCGUCUCUCAGUCAUCAACGAAAACAGACUCUGUGGCAUUUAGAUAUACACCAGGAAAUUCACAUUCUUAUAGCACCGUACCAAAGCCUGUUCCUGAACAUGGAAAAUACGUUAUAAAAUCUGGAUUGAUCGCCACACAAUCCACAUCAAAACAAACUAACACCAGAAAUACAACUACCCAAGCGCGAUAUGCCGAUAACUCUAAUUCACCUAGACGCAUUGCAAAGUAUGUAGAAAGCCCUAAUUCAGCUAGACAUGUCACUACACAAGCUCGAUAUAUCGAUAGCCCUUCAUCGAGUCCGUCCAGCAGCCCUCGACAUGGGAUAAAACUUUCUGAAAAGUUUCGUAUGUCGGACGAAGGGAAACUAGCACAAAAACCAGGAGUACCCAGUGACCAGACUGAUGGUCACAUCUCAGUUACCAACCAGAUUGAUGGUCAGGUUGUACCUACCAACCGGACUGAUGGUCAGAAAACCAGGAAGUCCCACCAGCGAGGAUCGAGUAGUAAAGGACCGUCCCGGCAAGACGGUAGACUGGUUACUGUGAAAGGUGGGAUCAUUAGUGAUUACGAGUGUAGCAGUGAUGCUGAUUCCGAGAUGUCCUAUAAUGUCCCCUCACCUCGUAUCAAGGCGAAGAAAUUCCAUCGACCACUAGUACAUCGGGUCGACUCCGCUUCAUCUUCGGAACCCGACAGCCCACGAAGACAGAUGAAAGACGCUAGACGAAGUAUGAGCGAGUUGUUUGGUGUUGAUGAGGGAUCUCAGUAUUCAAGUGAUACCAGCAAAGAUGGUAGAGGUGUCGAUGGUUUUGGGAAAGAGAAAGGAAGUCAGAACUCUUUACGAAACCAAAAGUUGUUCUCACGAUUUGGAAACGUAGGACAAAGUGAUGAAACGGUAAGAAGACAGAAUGAAACCGUUGUGAACUCGAGCCCAUCUCAUGUUUAUCAAGCUAAAACUACUAUAUUUGAUCCAAGACCAAUAGAGCCAGAGGCGAACAUGGGACAGAAUAAAGAAAGAGUAGCGAGUCAAAACAUUGUAGAAAGAAACUCUAGUUCACUUAAUCUUCCCCAAGCUAGAGUUGCAACAUACGAUCAAAGAGAGCAAGAAGAUCGAAUUCCCAAUCCACGUUACAGCAAUGCUUUAGAAAAAAACCCUAGCCCACCAAAUGUCUACCAAGCGAGAGCUACCACAUUUGACCAAAGACGAACAGAUACCAAAACAUAUAACCCUCGCUACACGAAUGCUUUGGAAAGAAACCUCAGCCCAACAAGUUUCCUACAAGAAGGAAACCUCGAUGAUCACACGUCCCCCAAGACUGUGGAAUUUAAUCCAUUUGAAGACAUAGAAGGCCGAGAUGGUUUCCAACCGUUUGAGCGUUGUCAUUCACCAAGCAGUGUAUAUAGCGACACGUCAAGCGUGUUUUCAUUUAACUGUGAUUUUGAUCCGAUGCCACCCCCGACGGGAACAUAUGAACCGGAAGUCUACACGUGCGAGAAUCCGAUGUGUAGGAAACAAGACAUACUCCUAGGACCGGAGAAAACCAGUUUUAGGUCCUGUCCAGCCUGUUUUACGUUCUACUGCAGUAGCGAAUGCAGAAAGCUUCACUGGCCUUCGCAUAAACAGAGUUGCUACUUUGGACGAGUGAAUACUUAUGUACGAAGUAUAAUCCGCUUGUGCCAACGACGGGAAGAUCUCAGUAUGUAUUUAUCCCAACUCGCAAGAGAUGGUUACAAAAAGAAAGGCCGUGGCGUUGUUAUGGCAAUAUUCAACAGCCCAGAGUUGGCUAGAGAGUUUAUAACGAAAGGUCAUGACGCGUUCUCGGGCCGCAAACCUACUUACAGUUCACUAGCAGAACUUCACCGUGAAGGAAUUAUUUCAAAACACCGCGUUGCACUUAUGCAAGCAGUGCGAGACUAUGAGCCGAAUCAGGAAUUCGUGUUCAAUAUCGCCGUUGUAGCUACGAACAAUAUUCCAAUCACACCAGCACCGCGUUACAAACUAAACACCGUCCUGCAUUGUAUCAAGAUGCCUUUGAACGAUCUGAUUGUUGCAAGACAACCGAAAGACUAUGACAAAGUGGAGACGCGUCUGUUCGCGCUACCCAAGUGCUCUAGACACGAAUUUGUGAACGAGAUGGAAGCGAGGCGACAUUAUUGUCGCAAUUUGUCGAAAAAUCUUCGACAGUAUAAUAUCAAGCUGAAGGAAGAUUACCCAGAAUGCUACAGAAAACUGUGUCUGUAUGUCGAGCAUAAUAUUUCGUUUGAGCCCAUGACUGUAUACGGACAGCGGGGUGGAAUAAACUAUAAGUGUGUUCUAGCACCCGAGCAAACUUACCCGCUAAAUGCAGAGUACUGUUAGAGGGGACUGGGGCUAAAUGCAGUGUACUGUUAGAGGGCACUGAGCCUAAAGGCCGAGUACUGUUAGAGGGGACUGGGGUUAAAUGCAGAACACUGUUAGAAGGGACUGGGGAAACUUUAGUAACUACGGUAAAAUUGUAAAAAUUCUCACAACCCGUUUUAGUAUAGUGGCAAUAAUGCUAGACACAAAAACAUUGCUGGUCAAUCAAUAUCCGAAAAAAAUGUAUGCAUUGACGUUUUAAUAACAAAUUGUACCUGUAUAUAGAGAUUUUAAGAAUUGAUGCGUUUCAAUUAGCACCUAAUAUAUAAUAUGUAUUAAUUUACGUAUAUUCAAAUUAUAAUAUAUACAACUUUAAUUAUUGCUACACGCACAAAUGUGGAAAUAGAUGGAAUAACAUGCAC